AUGGUCCCAUCACAAGAACAACGUCUUUACAUAUGCUUAAUGGACCUCAGAGACAACCGUAACUCUGUAAUCCUCUCAUCAUCAGCUCCCAACGGUACUCCUUCUACCUUUGUAGUUAACAACGAUCUGACCAUCCCAUGGGUAGGAUUAAACACCCUUCAUAAUCUUCACGGCUUCGUGGGCAAUUCUACUACAACGCCCCAAAUCUACAACCCAUCUGUAGGACGACGCCACACCCUUCAUAAUCGUUGUCGUCAUGGCUUCGUGCGCAGCUCAUAUUCUACUACAAAGCCCCAAAUCUACAACCCAUGGGUAGGACUCUACACCCUUCAGAAUCUUCAUGGCUUCAUGUGCAACGCAUAUUCUACUACAAUGCCCCAAAUACACAACCCUACCACCAGACAACUUGUGACCUUACCGGCCAUAUAUUCAGAUCCUCCAAAAGAUUCCAUGUUCUUCUACUAUUUCGGACACGACCCUGUUAACGACCAGUACAAAGUAAUAUGCUCAAUGGUGAUAUGCGUGGGCACUCUAGCGUACAGAAGAACACCAGAGUAUUGGGUCUUAGUCCUAAAACCUGGAGCCUCUUGGAAAAAGGCGGCUCCGGCUUCAGUUGACUUUUGUCUUAAUCUCAGAAAAAGACGAAGCGAAGCACGACAAGAGAUUCAGAUUCCAAUGGAUUUGGUGACAGAGAUCCUUACGAGACUGCCUGCAAAAUCCGUGAUGAAAUUCAAGUGGGUCUCAAAGCUCUGGUCAUCUCUCAUCCGCUCCCAAUACUUCAGCAGUCGUUUCCUUAUGGUUCCAUCACAAGAACAACAUCUUUACAUAUGUUUAUCAGACCGCAUAGACAACCGUAACUCUGUAAUCCUCUCAUCAUCAGCUCCUCACUCUACUCCUACUGCGUCUACCUUCGUAGUUAACAACGACGUGACCAUCCAGUGGAGAGGAUCCUACAACCUGCAGAAUCUUCAUGGCUUCAUAUUCUUCUACUAUUUCGGACACGACCCUGUUAACGACCAGUACAAAGUAAUAUGCUCAAUGGUGGUAAUUUCUGGCACUACAGCGUUUAAAAGAAAAUCAGAGUAUUUGCCAUGGGUCUUAGUCCUGAAACCUGGAGGCUCUUGGAAAAAGGCGGCUCCGGCUUCAGUUGAGUUUUGUCUUGAUCACGUUCCUCUUCUCAAACCAGGACUGUCUUUCAACGGGGUUAUAUAUUUCCUGGCUUCGGCUUGUGCUACGUAUAACUAUUUGGCUGAUCAAUUAGAGCAAAUUAAAUACGUUAUGGUGAGCUUCGACAUUGCAUAUGAAGAGUUCAGAACGAUACAAAUGCCUCGUAUAGAAGGAAGGAUACACAAUGCGAUUCUUAUAGAGUAUGGCGGAAAUUUAACUGUUUUUGACACUAACAGUCUUAUAGACGAGGGUAAGGUGAAUUUAUGGGUCCUGAAAGAUGUGCUCGGGAACAAGGAAUGGUCGAGGAAGACUCUGGUUUUGAAGCCUUCUCAGCUCCAUUUGGUCCAUAACAUUUGUUUGAAGGUAAAAGGUACAACUCAAAGUGGCAAGGUUUUAUUGGUACCAUAUAAUUUUCUUUCUCCCUUUCACAUUCUCUGCUAUGAUCUGCAAAGCAAUGAUAUGAGAAAGAUUGACAUCAAAGGUAUACGAGAACAGUGGUUUAGUACGAGAAGAGACAUAAUGGUUAACCUGAUGUUUAUGGAUCAGAGUGAGAGCAUCUUGUACUUGGACACUUGA